CCAAUCGAUUUGACUCGUGACAUGCUAUUGACAGUCCAAUAGUUUCCAAUGGCUUUUAAUAGUAUUUCGUAUUAGGGUCCCAUGUUGCGUACUAUCACGUUCUACACAAUGAAUACGACGAUAGCGUUGCGGUGGUGUUUUAGUUUAAACUUCUGCAGCAGAGCGCUACAGUCGAGCUGUUCACAUGGGACCCUAGUACAGUAUAUCCUUAAUAAAAUAUCCCCGUGCAGAAACACACACAUACACACGGUGCCGUUAAACAUCGUUUAGCUUGUCAGCAUCCAAUUGUUGUACCAAACGCGUAUGUAACCGCAUGGCAUGCGUUAUGUAGUCAUGUUAAUAGUGUAAUCGUAUGUUCUAUAAGAGACUUUAAGAACCGAACUGGAGAAGGCAAACGGUCUAGGGCUCAAUAAAAUCUUAAUGAAAUAUAUAUGAAUUUUUUUAUGACUUAGUAUUUUUCUGCACCCCGCUGUCCAACGAGGGUUGACGAAUCACAGUUCAAUUAAAAACCACCACUUUACCACUUCCCUUCGCUCGACCAUUAUAAUGUAAUAGUACAUCAUAUGAAAUGUAUAUUUCUAUACAUAAACACAGUGUAAAAAGUUUGGGGAUGUUGGGCGGUUGAGCUAUCAGCUGUGGCGGCGACACAUCCCCGCCGUCCAUUGCAAGGUGGUACACGAGGGCUUUUGUUAUAACUAUCGCUCCACCCUCAACGCAACCAGAGAAAACCAAAAGCCCGCGCCCCCAACAGAACAGGUUGCACUUGCACACCGGCCGAACCAGCGAGCAGGUCUUUAACGCAUGUCUCCUUUGCAGUGCAUCUCCAUGGAAUCAGCAAACGGAACUCAAAAAUGCAUUGCCGGCUCAUACUUACCAACGAGUUGUGCAACUCCUGCUAUUGAUGUUGCUGUCAUGUUAGGCCACUUGGAAAAUAAUAUGAAGUAUGACGCUUCGAAGAUAUCACGGAAAAAGAUAGUAUUGUCGAUGGAUAAAUUAGGACGACUUGUCUGCGUAGAAGGUAAUAAUUGUCCAGUAGUUGGUUGUAGUUGUUGGAUAUUGUUGGUGCCUUUGGCAGAAGACUGUCAUGCUUACAACUGUACGAUAACCUUAUUAGCCGCCGGCACAAUUGCUAUGCACAUGACUUCUGCUACUAUACCUGGAGACUCCCUCAGGAUGUGGUUUCCGCCUGACCUACAGUUGAUGCUGCACGUGCCUUUUCUCACGCCUAUCAAUAUUAAGGAUGAGAGAAAAUAUGUUUGUCACAAAUGUGAUUAUACUUGCGAAACACCGAAUCCCUUGAAAAUCCAUUUGGCAUUGGACUGUGACAAACUACCUUGUACCAAACUAUGGUCUAGAUUAAUUCAAGAAUCAGACCGCAUCAUGGACUCUUCGUUUAGGUUCAGUCUAACGCCAGAGUCCUGCAAAACGUCCGAAUCAGCAUUUCGACCAUAUUCUCCUUCAUCAUCAGUCAGUUUAGAGCCGACAACUUCACCGUCAUACGAUGAAAAAACUAUCAUUAUGGUACCAGAAGAAAAGAAUCAUGGGGCAGCUAUGUUCGAUCGCCGGUGUGCCGAAAUGGAGACCAUUGUUAGCAAUUUAGGUCACUCCGAACAGGGACACCUGUGUAUUUACUGUGGAAAAGUGUACUCAAGGAAGUACGGACUUAAAAUUCACAUCAGAACACAUACAGGCUUUAAACCAUUAAAAUGCAAAUACUGCUUUCGACCAUUUGGUGAUCCUAGUAACCUAAACAAACAUGUUAGAUUGCAUGCCGAAGGAGAUACACCUUACAGAUGCGAUUGUUGUGGUAAAAUCUUGGUGCGUAAAAGGGACUUUGACAGACAUAUGAAGUCUAGACAUGCACGGCUGGUACCAAAAGGUUUGUUUAAAAUGCAUGUUCCAGUAUAAUUGGUACAACAUAGAAAGUCAAUAAGAUUUUUUAAUUUAAAAUUAUUGUUAUUGGAAUUGUGAUAACUUUCUAGUCCUCGUGAAACUAUAAAAUAAUGUAACUCGAGUCUUUGUAACUAUAAAAUAAUAAAUUUUAGAUCAAUUGAAUAAUAAUUUAAUUUUGGAUGAAUUUAAUUUAGAUGUUAAG